CUGUCACAAGCAGUCAGUCAGUCACCUGCAGAUGAUGGUAUCAAGGGGGCAUCCUGGCCAGUACAGUUACUCAGGUUUCAGUUCCUUGCAUAGAUUUGUUGUUCACACUGAACACUGGUUGUUACGCUGAGCUGAGGAAGAGAAAAAACAGGAAGACCGUUCACACAUCAAACCACCUUUCAUGCAUUAAUUUACCUUCAUUUUACUUUAAUUUGUUUAUUGUGAAUCCUUUUUCUUACACUUGUUUACCUUCUUUUCUGGUGAUAAAAUAUAAUAUUGGAUAUGAUUGACAGUAUUCUCAACAUGUGAGUUUCCAUAAAUCUAUUUGUAACCAACUAACUUUAAGUAUAAACAAUCAACUAGUAGAUGUUUUCCUUAUGCUCAGAUGGACACUUCUGUCUGCCUGUCUCUCUAUCUGUCUCUCCCCUCUGUCUCAAAGCAGCUAAACUGGCAGCGUAAAAGUAUUCUGGGAUUUGACCUUUGUCUCAUUCACAGCUCUCUCUCCUCUAGCUCUGAACAACACACCUCUACAGCAUGUUAAUCCUCAGUGGGGAAAGUGUGUUCAAGUGUGAUCUUGACCCAUUCUUCUCCUCCUCAGUCCUCCUGCCUCACUCCACCCAACACACCCAUCUCACCCCACCCCAUCCUGCAUUAAUGCUCCCAAUCCUCUUUGUAGGAGAGUGACGUCUGCUACUGUCAGAAACAGAGCUAAGCUCAGCAGGCACCAGGAGAACCGAGUGGAGAGAAGCUUCACAGAUAAUCAAGCAGCAGUGCACUCUGGGCCUCUAGAGGGACACGUCUCUGCCACCUGAGCAGGAACUGACUCUCCUCCCGAGUGGCUGCUCAUGCCUCCAGCUGGGGGACGAUCACGGAUUUCUAAAUUCAGUGUGCUAAGACUUAAUCAACAGGUUAGCUAAAAACUCUGUGCUCCUGCCUGAGGGCCUUACUGGCCUCAAACUCCGGGGACCACAGCUGAGAAACUGGAAAACAAACUCUGGACUUUUGUUGCUGCUUCUUCUGCAGUUUUUGGAUUAUUGAGAUAAUCUGGCCAUACUGGAUGUAAAACAAAUGGCAAAAAUAGCUUCCUCCAAAGUUCAGCUGUACAUGAAAGGUAUUUGUGUGAACAUGCACUCAAAGCUGUUUGUCAGUGCUUAAAACUGAACAAGCAUUUGAAUCUGGCUGUGUGUGGGACCUGCUUGAAACACUGAAUUUGCUGGUAAAGGUGUGAAGUUGUGUAAAUGAAACAGGUCAGAAGAGUUUAAGAGGCCGUGAGUGUGUUUGUGUGUGAGGUGUUGGGGCCCUGUGGAGGUCGUAGCCCUGGAUUUCUUAGAGAUGGAGGGUCAUGGUUAUGACCGGUUUGGAGAUGGGGAGAGAGACACUUACCAAAUAGACUACCGAAGGAUCGUUGGAGACAUGGAACCAGCGCGACCUCGCAUCUCAAACAGAGAUGGGGAACAACCACUUCCCUACGGGGCCUAUGUCCCCCCAACACCACAUGGGCAUGGGCAUGAGACUGCAGCCCAGCGCUACAGUGCCACACGCAUCCAAGCUGGAUAUGAACCAGAGAGCAUGGCAGACUACUUGAUCAGUGGAGGCACAGGUUAUGUCCCUGAGGAUGGACUAACAGCACAACAACUCUUUGCAAUCGGCGAUGGACUUACAUACAAUGACUUCUUGAUCCUCCCUGGUUUUAUAGACUUUACUUCUGAUGAGGUGGAUCUAACCUCUGCAUUGACAAGAAAGAUAACACUCAAGACACCUCUCAUUUCAUCUCCCAUGGAUACAGUCACAGAGUCAUCCAUGGCCAUCGCCAUGGCAUUGAUGGGUGGGAUUGGUAUAAUUCAUCAUAACUGUACUGCUGAGUUCCAGGCCAACGAGGUGCGCAAAGUCAAGAAAUUUGAGCAAGGCUUCAUCACAGACCCAGUUGUGAUGAGUCCUCGACACACAGUGGGGGACGUAUUUGAGGCAAAGACACGCCAUGGUUUCUCUGGGAUCCCUGUUACAGAGACUGGCAAGAUGGGCAGCAAGCUGGUCGGCAUCGUCACCUCCAGAGACAUAGACUUCCUGUCUGAGAAGGACCAUGACAGACCCCUGGAGGAAGCAAUGACAAAAAGAGAAGAUUUAGUUGUUGCCCCUGCUGGAGUCACACUGAAAGAGGCUAAUGAUAUACUGCAACGUAGCAAAAAAGGAAAGCUCCCCAUAGUGAAUGACAGUGAUGAGCUCGUUGCCAUUAUUGCAAGGACCGACUUGAAAAAGAACAGAGAUUAUCCUCUGGCUUCUAAGGACUCCCGCAAACAGCUGCUGUGUGGAGCUGCAAUUGGCACAAGGGAGGACGACCACUACAGACUGGACCUCCUCAUGCAGGCUGGAGUAGAUGUGGUCGUUCUGGAUUCCUCCCAAGGAAACUCAGUGUAUCAGAUCAACAUGAUAAACUAUAUCAAACUGAAAUAUCCUGAACUACAGGUAGUCGGAGGAAAUGUGGUGACAGCUGCUCAGGCCAAAAACCUCAUUGAUGCUGGUGUAGACGCCCUGAGAGUGGGAAUGGGGUGUGGCUCCAUCUGUAUCACACAGGAAGUGAUGGCAUGUGGGCGGCCCCAAGGAACAUCGGUGUACAAGGUUGCAGAGUAUGCUCGACGUUUUGGAGUGCCAGUUAUUGCUGAUGGAGGCAUUCAAACUGUUGGACAUGUGGUGAAAGCUCUGGCUCUGGGAGCAUCUACAGUGAUGAUGGGGUCGUUGCUGGCAGCAACCACUGAAGCUCCAGGAGAAUAUUUCUUUUCAGACGGAGUGCGUCUGAAGAAGUACAGAGGAAUGGGCUCCUUGGAUGCCAUGGAGAAAAAUAACAGUCAGAAACGCUACUUCAGCGAGGGAGAUAAGGUGAAGGUGGCUCAAGGUGUCUCAGGAUCAGUAACAGAUAAAGGCUCCAUCCAUAAGUUUGUUCCUUAUCUCAUUGCUGGUAUCCAACAUGGCUGUCAGGACAUAGGAGCCAAGAGUUUGUCAAUUUUAAGGUCCAUGAUGUACUCUGGAGAGCUGAAGUUUGAAAAAAGAACCAUGUCUGCUCAGAUGGAAGGAGGAGUCCACGGCCUUCAUUCAUAUUCAUUUGUGCCAUUUACGAGAAACGACUUUACUGAGAGUGGAGGAAGAGGAAACACUCGCACAGGACCAAAUGUCCCGAUCCCGGCAGCUAUGAGCAGAGGCACCGGGCGCAUGUGAUCAAGCUUCAAACACAAAGCUGUGGUUGCUGUACACCAUUCACACUCCGACACUGUUUGUCUCCUCGUUGACCCCUUCAGAGAUAGACAAAACCAAACAAAACACCUCAAGCUGAAUUUGAAGAUCUUUGUACUCUACAACCACCAAUGUCCUAAACUAAACUCUUUAUCUCUGUUUCUACCAUUGGGGACAAGGUCUAGUUGAGGUAAUGUAAUUAACUGUUCUGCUGAUCCCUUUCAACAAGCAAACGGAUGUUAUUAACUACUUUAGGACAAGCUUACCAUUGCUGACGUAAUGUCUUGUUGGCCUCCAAAUUGCCAACUGCAUUGUACAACAAGGCUUGCAGAGGUGCAGCCCUAUGCCUCCAUGCACAUUUUGUAUUUAUAACAAGAUAUCUUUGCAGGGAAUCAGGCAGUUAGAUUUUAUUUUUUUUCAAAAGGAGAAAUAGUCUUUAGCGUAAUGUUUCAGCAUAUUAUUUGAUUAAAAGAGUAAAGAACCAAUAUAUUUUAUAGUUUCAUUAUCAGCUCUCUGCUGACACCUUGUGUAUAAAGCUCUCUAAGCCUGAAGGACAUUUAUAGUAUGUGAAGUAACAUUUUGUUCUCUUUAGCUUCUCACAACACCAGUUAUAUUUUGUUUUAGCAAAUACCUUGCAUGUAAUCUCACAUCCAGUCGAUGAGCUACCUAAAUGUAAUGCUGCUGUUUCAGAAGGGACCCAAGCAUAGCAUCAGCCUUAAUUCAUACUUACACAUUUGUAAUAAGGAGCACUUUUAAAGGAGUGAUAAUGUGUUAUCGAACUCUAGAUAUUCCUUUGUUCACUUUAUUUGGCUCAGAAAAUACUGAUUACUACAAUAUCUGAUUGACAAGACUGAAGACUAUUCAAACACAGUUGUGUGUGAUUAUAAUUCAAACAUCACUGUACUUUUGAAAUUCCAAUACAAAUGAGUCUGUCACAUUGGCUCUACAUGUUUUGAUAUUCCAAAGUUCCAUUUUCGCAAAAAGGACAUGGUUAAUUGUAUAGCUUUAUAUGUGUAUAUAAUAUGAAAUAUGUAGUUAUUUGUCCUUUUUUCCAGCUCAGUCUUUAAACUUUUAAAUGUCAAUGAAACAGAGCCAUGAAAUCAAGUUGGAUUUGAUUCUUGAUAAAAUUGAAAGCAAAUGUUAAUCCAAGUUCAUUUAUACAUUUUAAAUGUGAUUUUUUUUUCUGGGCAGUAGGCUACUUACCAUCCUUGGUAUUACACAUGUUGCUCUACGAUUAACAGCGGGACCUAAUUAUUAAUCACAUGCAGUAAAAUAACUGAACUAUUGAACUGGUUGACCAAAUUAUUUUACUGUUCCUAAUCUUUUAAAUAUAUAUAUGACUUUUUGAAAUGUAUAUUUUCUUCUUUCGAUCUUCUUAAGGCUUUUGAAUUCAAAUGUCUGUAAAUAGUGUUGCGUGAAUAAAAAUAAUUCUGACAAGAGUA